CCUCCUCCCUUGGUCUGCGAACUUUGAAACACACGUAUCGUCGUCGUCACUAGUCCCCUGAAGCUCCAUCUAGCUCAUCCUAUCGCCAGCCAGUAAGGGAAGAGGGCAGAGUAUGAAUGAUAAUACAUCACAAAAGCUCGGACCUUUAUUUUUUGGGGGACCAGUGAAUGUUUACAUAUGGGACAUGGACGAGACUCUUAUCUUACUAAGAUCUCUGUUAAAUGGGACUUAUGCUGAGUCUUUUAAUGGCUCUAAAGAUGUUAAAAGAGGUUUGGAGAUUGGGAAGAUGUGGGAGGAUCACAUACUUAAGAUAUGUGACGAUAUUUUCUUCUACGAGCAAGUUGAGGAAUGCAAUGAGCCAUUUCUUGAUUCUUUGAGACAGUACGAUGACGGAAAGGAUCUUUCUGGGUAUGACUUUAAACAAGAUGACUUUACUACUCCUACUGAUCACUUGAACAAGAGGAGACUUGCGUACAGGCAUCGAGCUGUUGCGCACAAAUACGGAAAGGGUUUGCGUCCUUUGAUUGACAGUGAGGCCAUGAGUGUAUUGGAUGAGUUGUAUAACGUAACGGAUGAAUACACAGACGGGUGGCUUUCCUCAGCAAGGGCUUUCUUGGAGCAGUGUUCAUGUGUGAAAGAAGAGUCUGUUGAUGGAACGAGUGCAAUCGAUCAAAGCUCUCAAGAUAUACAUAUUCUAGUGACUUCCGGGGCCCUCAUACCAAGCCUGGUGAAGUGCCUACUUUUCCGGUUAGAUACAUUCCUAAGACAUGAAAAUGUGUACAGUUCGAUAGAUGUUGGGAAACUCCAAUGUUUCAAAUGGAUCAAGGAGCGCUUCAACCACCCAAAAUUCAGAUUCUGUGCGAUCGGGGAUGGAUGGGAAGAGUGUGCAGCCGCACAGGCAAUGCAAUGGCCAUUUGUUAAGAUUGAUUUGCAACCGGAUAGCACCCACAGAUUCCCUGGCAUAACACCUAAGACUGUGAGUUACUAUUUUGCUGCAGUAUAUGGGAACUCUGAUGCUGAUACCAGCACUGAUUAACUCUCAAGAAGCUUUUUCUUUGUAAAUUAUGCAUGUAACCGAAAAAAAGCCAUAGGUUUCAUAUUCAAACCCACCAGUGUUUAUACAUUACUAGGGUGAGUUAAGUCAGCAUUUGGUAUUUAUAACCUUCCCUACUUCACUUGGUUUGUUCGAAUGUGUAAUCUUCUCUUUCCAGCAACAUAACAAUCAAAAACAGCCUUCUGAUAACAUCAAUAUCAGCCUUUUGAUGUUAGGUCUUUUAAAGAGUUGAGCUAUCCAAAUAGUGCUUCACUGUUAA